AUGAACUUGUUCUCAGGUACAAUUGGACAACAGAACACGGCGGCAGAUCUGGAGGAACAGAAUGAUGCACGCCUCAACAGUCUCAGCGAGCGCAUUAAAAUGCUGAAAGACAUUUCUACUAAUAUUGGUACAGAAGUUCGAGAAUCUACAUUGGAAAUGAACUCCCUGAACGAGCUAUUUGCCAGUACUGGUGCCCUUUUGGGCACUACGUUUACAAAGAUGAACGCUAUGGCGCGUAGACAGCGUGGCUGGUUCUGUAACAUGAUGCUUUUUAUUCUUCUGGUGAUCUGGAUCUUCGCUUUCUUGUGGUGGUGGCGCAAGUGA